UCCCGUCACGCCCCGCGACACUCGCUCGUCAGAUUUGCCGGAAGGGAUCGCGGUUGACAUGGCGGAGAACCCGCAGGGCGGCGGUGCGAGUUGUUUGCAGCACCCAGUUCCUAGUGCGAGCCACGGCAGCUUCCCAGAGUACGAGCUUCCGGAGCUGCACACCCGGGCGUUCCACGUGGGCGCCUUUGGGGAGCUGUGGCGCGGCCGGCUCGGGGCCCGGGAUUUGUCGCUGAGCGAGCCGCAGGCAGCCGGGCAGCCUGCGGACCGAGGGUCGUCGGACAACAGCUUGGAGGAUGCUGCGGUGGCCCGUGAUCUGGGCUGCAGUCUGGAGGCGGCGGCAGAGCUGAGGGUCGUGUGCGGCCUUGAUAAACUGAGAUGCCUCGAAGAAGAUGAAGACCCGGAAGUCAUCCCCGAGAACACUGAUCUGGUGACUUUAUGUGUUAGGAAGGGGCUCUUGGACUAUCGAGAAGAGAACAUCAUAAUAGAUCGCGCCUGUAGACAAGAAACAUUUGCUUAUGAAAUGGAAUCUCAUGCACUUGGGAAAAAACCUAAAAAUCCAGAAGACAUGAUCGAAGAAGGGGAGCUCAUCUUAUCUGUGAACAUCUUAUACCCUGUUAUAUUUAAUAAGCACAAAGAACACAAGCCAUACCAGACAGUGUUGGUACUGGGCAGUCAGAAGCUAACUGAACUGCGGGAUUCAAUUUGCUGUGUCAGUGACCUCCAGAUUGGUGGAGAAUUCAGUAGCACUCCAGACCAAGCCCCGGAGCAUAUCAGCAAAGUAAGAACUAUUAUAGAAUGGUCAGAGUCCCAUGAUCGAGGAUAUGGAAAAUUUCAGACCGCUAGAAUGGAAGAUUUCACAUUUAAUGACUUGAAUAUUAAACUUGGCUUUCCUUACUUAUACUGUCACCAGGGAGACUGUGAACAUGUUGUUGUUAUUACAGACAUAAGGCUUGCGCAUCACGAUGACUGCUUGGAUAGAACACUUUAUCCCCUUCUUACCAAGAAGCAUUGGCUGUGGACCAGAAAAUGUUUUGUUUGCAAGAUGUAUACAGCUAGAUGGGUGACAAACAACGACACCUUUGCACCAGAGGAUCCAUGUUUCUUUUGUGAUGUCUGUUUCAGAAUGCUCCAUUAUGAUUCUGAAGGCAACAAACUAGGGGAAUUCCUUGCUUAUCCUUAUGUUGACCCAGGAACCUUUAAUUAGUACCACCUAUAUACAUAUAUUAUAUAUAAAGUUUAGUUAAUAUACUUCAUACUUAUUAUACAGUGGGUUUUUUUUCUUGUGGCUUUUUACUUAUGUUGUUUAUGUUACUGAGAUGUAGAAAUUUUUUUUUUGUAUUCUGAAUAUAUAAACAUUGUUGGAAACCAGCUUUUGAUUCUUGUCUUUGACUCCUAUGCAUUCUGUACCCGAAUGGGUUUUGCUAAUGGUAGAAUGCAGCUGACAAUACAUCAAGUCUAGUAGUACUUUAAAGAAAUCUGUGAAGGACAUGAGAGCUACACCUCCUACUAUGAAGCUUCCAAGGUUUAACUUAAAUUCACUGAAUCUUCUCCAGAUGGCUAAGAACAGAUCAGUAAACCAGAGACCUACACAUCUGUUAAAGAUUGUGAAGCGUGUUUCAUGGACUUCAAUGCACAAACACAGUUAUGGCAGCUGACAUGGGGAUGACAAGUGCCUGUAUGUGGUCCACUCCUCCUGCUAGACAUGUGCCAAGGCCAAAUGGCAGAGGGCUUUCCAGUUAUGCCAGCCCCUGUACCAGCUGUGAGGGCACCAAGCUAGGAUACCAACUGGUCAAGGACUGGUAGGUUGACUUCACCCACAUGCCCACUCUUAAAAAGCUCCAUUAUCUCUUGUUGACACCUUUACAGGAUGGAUGGAGGCGUUUCCCAUCUCCAGGGAAACAGCAGAAGUGAUGGUGCAGUUACUCCUGGAACACAUCAUCCCCAAUCUGGCAUGCCAUGCUCCUGCAAGCUCCUGGGACAUCAGCGCUGGUACCACAUCUCCAGGCUCAAGUGGGCACCUAUCCAGGAUAAAUGGUCUGUCCUACAACUGGGACCUUCUACUUUCCGGUUUUUCAAAAUGUCCCAAUAAAGAGCAUAUCUGCUCUUGUGUCUUGCUCGUU